GUCCUACGUUGUAGGGUUUCACGGCAUAGCUCGGUUUGCCGUAUUCUGGCUGUUAAAGCUACAUUAUUCCCCGACAUGGAAGACGAUGAAAUAGAAGCCGAGAGCCGUACAGACAGCCGUUCGGGAGCUGAAGAUUCAAAUGGAGAGGCAGCUGGGAGGAAACCAAAAAUUUCCAGGAAAAAAAUUUUUACUCUGGUCUCAACUGCAUCUGUAAAUUUUAGCUCAAUGAUUUGCUUUUCAAUACUAGGCCCAUUUUUCCCCACAGAGGCUGAGAAAAAAGGUGUUAAUCAGACUGUAAUUGGAUUGAUAUUUGGAUGCUAUGCAUUGUGUAACCUGUUGGGAUCCUUAGUACUUGGAAAAUAUAUUGUUCAGAUAGGAGCAAAAUUUAUGCUUUGUGCUGGAUUGUUUUUAUCUGGAGGAUGUACAGUUCUUUUUGGCCUACUUGAUAGAGUGCCACAUGGAGUACCUUUUAUAUUGAUGUGCUUUAUAGUAAGAUCCAUUGAUGCUGUUGGCUUUGCUGCUGCAAUGACCUCAUCUUUUGCCAUCAUUGCCAAGGCUUUUCCAAAUAAUAUAGCAACAGUAUUGGGAAGCUUGGAGAUUUUUACAGGUCUUGGACUUGUACUGGGACCUCCAUUAGGUGGUUUCCUUUACCAGUCCUUUGGUUACGAGAUUCCAUUCAUUGUGCUGGGGUUUGUUCUCAUAUUGAUGGUGCCUCUGAACAUUUAUGUUUUGCCGUCCUAUGAUGCCACACCUAGCAAAGAUUCUUUUUGGAGGCUCUUUACCCUGCCUAAAAUUUCACUUCUUUGUUUUUUGAUUUUUUCCAUGAGCUCAUGUCUUGGUUUUCUGGACCCAACUAUGUCACUUUUUGUCAUUGAAAAGUUCCAUUUGCCCACUGGGUAUGUCGGACUUGUAUUCCUUGGUUUGGCAUUGUCUUACUCUUUGUCUUCGCCUUUGCUGGGCAUUGUUAGUGAUAAAAUGCCUAAUACUAGAAGAUGGCUUAUGGUGAUUGGUGGCAUCACAGCAGCACUUGGCUAUUGCUUUCUGGGACCUGCUCCAUUUCUUCAUUUAAAAAGCCAGCUAUGGUUGUUUGUCUUCAUGCUGGCCCUCACAGGGUUUUCCAUUGGUAUGACUUGCAUCCCUACCCUUCCAGAAGUCGUCAAGUGUGCGUAUGAAAAUGGAUUUCCAGAUGACUUAAGCACUCUGGGCCUUGUAUCUGGUCUGUAUGGUGGAGUAUGGUCUUUUGGGACUUUCUUUGGCCCAACUGUUGGAGGAUUUCUGGUUGAAAAGUUCAGUUUUGAGUGGGCUGCAGCUGCUCAUGGAGGUCUUAUUUUUAUAUCGGUGCUUUUUUUAGGAAUCUAUUACUUUGUAGAGCCUUGCUUCAGGAGACCUGCUACUGCAAGUAUUGAAGAAAAUGAAGAAAGAGCGCCUUUACUUUCCAACCACAUUUAAUUUUUAAAACAAUUGUGAUAUUAUAGUUACAUUUAGAUAAUUUAUUUAGUUUUCUCUUUAUUUUAAUGUGAUUGCGUUUCUGAACCAAGUAAGAAUGAAAAAGACUGUUAAAUAAGGACAAAGAAAUAUCUGAGUUUAGUAGGUCCCUACUAUAUGUAAAAUGUUAAAAAGAAUGAACCUGGUAAAAAAUCAUGCUCUCUGAAAUGAUGUGGAAAACAGAAUUUUAAAAGCUGUCAAUAUAGCACAAGCAUACUAAAUAAGAAUUCAAAGUAUUAUAUAAAUGUCGCUGAAAGGAAAAACAACAAACUAGCAAACAACUUUGAGUGUGAUAUUCUAAAAAGCUAUCUGAUUUGAUCAAGACAUUGUAAAACUUACAUGCACGUAGUCUAAGGAUCAGUAUGUCCUGUGGAAGACUGAAUAUAAAUAAUGCAAUGGAGAGCAUUACUAACUGUUCUUAAGUAUAGGAGAACUGCAGGAUUUUACUAGAGUGCUCCAUAAUAAUAAUAAUAAUAAUAAUGUAAAUAGGCAUUUUUAAUAUAUAU